UUAAGAAAGACAGAGGAAAAGAAAGAGAAGGGCCGAGAGGACAGGACGCCGACACUGAAGCUCACCACCGGCCGGCACACGUGAGGAUCUACGAUGCAGCUCACGAGCAAGACGGCGGCGGCGGCGGUGCUGGUGGCGCUACUACCGGCGCUGGCGGCGGGGCAGGGGGCGUCGGGGACGGGGCAGACGACGCGGUACUGGGACUGCUGCAAGCCGAGCUGCGGGUGGGCGCAGAAGACGAACAGCGGGCAGCAGGUGGUGACGUGCUCGCGGCAGGACACGCCGCUGCAGGACAACGGGGCGACGCGGUCGGCGUGCGACGCGGGGGGCUCGGCGUACAUGUGCAGCGCGCACUCGCCGUGGGCGGUCAGCGAGUCGCUGAGCUACGGCUGGGCGGCCGUGCGCAUCGCCGGCCAGACCGAGACCACCUGGUGCUGCGCCUGCUACGAGCUCACCUUCACCAGCGGGCCCGUCGCCGGCAAGAAGAUGGUCGUCCAGGCCAGCAACACCGGCGGCGACCUCGGCCAGAACCACUUUGACAUCGCGAUCCCGGGCGGCGGCGUCGGCCUGUUCAACGCGUGCACGGACCAGUACGGGGCGCCGGCGGACGGGUGGGGGGAGCGGUACGGCGGGGUGAGCUCGCGCGCGGCGUGCGACGCGUUCCCGGCGGCGCUGCGCGACGGCUGCUACUGGCGCUUCGACUGGUUCGCCGGCGCGGACAACCCGGCCGUGCAGUUCCGCCAGGUCGCCUGCCCGGCCGCGCUCGUCGCCAAGAGCGGCUGCGCCCGCGCCAACGACGCCAUCGACGAGACCCCCACAGGCCCUACCGCCGUGCCUACCUGGAGGCCGUGAGGAGGCGGGCCGGGAGGAAAGGAAGGGGAGGGGAGCAGAAGGGCAGGGGAGGGGAGGCAGAGGGGCGUGCAUAUGUAUAUAGGUAGCAACACGCACGCGCCGAUUCUCGCGGAGGAUGGCGGGACGGGGGGGGAGGGGGGAACAGGCUGUUAGUGUAAA